GGGCCUGUAUUUUUAUAUUUAAGGUAUAUAUGGUUAAGGAACCACCUAAGGAGGUGCGGUACUUUCGACUUUACCCAUUUAAUUUUUUCGUCUUCUUGGAAUACCUAUUAACCGUUGCCAUUUUGCGCCGAUUAAAUAUUUUUCAUACCUUCUUUAUCAAUUAAGCGUUAUCCAAUAUGCGUUCCAUUUUUUAUUUGAUUACCGUCGCAUCAACACCUGUAAGCCAGCGCAAUGGGCAAUUCCUGUGUUAAACACUUUGACGAUGAGAGGAACAACUUGGAAGUAACUCGUCUUCAUCUGUUGAUGAUUUUACAUGACGAAGGCGCAGCAGAAGUCCUCAGUUUUGCGUUGAGAGAUCGCCAAAACUACGACGUUUGUAAAAAUGAAGAGGAACUGAGGCAAGCCUGCAUUUUGGCUGCGUCUCGAAAAUACUAUUUUGAGAAGUUCCGCUACGAAGAUGUUUACAAGAAAACUGCCCCGUAUGUGCUUCUCUUGGAGGAGUUUAUGAAAAUUCAAGAUGCCAUUGAGGAGGAGAGGCAAAUGGAGGAGGGCCAUUUUGACCGCAUUGCCAGUCUCCGCCGUCGGAACAAACUUGAAUCGGAAGGAAAUCAAGGGAGUUCAGUGAGUUUAUGAUUUUUUGUAUUAUGUAUCCAUGUAUUAAUUACAUAAUAUCUUGUAUUACUUAUUAUUGUAUUACUUGUAUUACUUAUUAUCGUAUUAUGUAUAAAAAUGUAAUUAUUUUUGAAUAAAGGACAUGAGUUUA